AUGCGUCGCGAGGGACGGCGGCGAGGGUGGGUGCGCGUGUACGACCGGUCAUUGGUGGACCCGGAGGGCAAGCGCCGCGCCGUGCAUGUCGUAGACGGCCCCGUGGUGGCCAACGGCGGCUACAUCAGGGCGUCCCGGAGGCCGACCAACCAGUCCAAGUCGGGCGGCCUCCGCGCGCUCGGCAGGGACGCCCUCGUGCAAGACGACGAGGAGGAGGAGCCGCAACUGCAUCCGCCGCUGGGCGCCGGACAUUCUGGGUACUACUGCACAACCACGUGCCAGUCACCCUUCAGAUUCGAGGCUGUGCCAUAUCAAUGGAGGUACGAUGCCUUCGCGCCCGAGGAAGUGCAAGCUCCUCGGCCGCCGCCGGCAGCAGCGCGUUCCGGGGGGAGAUCGGCGUCGCGCAAGGGGAGCCGCAAGUUCAAGCACAGCGAGAUCAAGAUGUACUACCUCGACGCGGCCGAUGUCGUUGAUGGGCGUCUCGAUUAUCUCUAUUGA